CCGCUAAGAGUACGACGUGGCAGCGCUAGCCAUCCUUUACAUCAAGCAUUUCUUGAAAGUGGGAAACAGCAUCCUAUUGGAACCACAGAGGAUGUGAAUGGAUUCAAACAAGAAGGCUUAGGGAACUUUGAUUUGACGAUACACAAUGGAGUGAGGUGUAGCGCAUCGAGAGCCUACAUACAUCCAGUACUUUCUCGCCCAAAUUUCCACACCUCCACUGGAAUCACCUGUACACGUAUCUUAUUCGACGGCAGACGCGCUAUAGGCGUUGAAUUUAUUAGGAAGAUGAAUUUCUAUGGCACGGAAAAUAUCGACUCGUAUAGCCGUGAGAAAAUUUACUGCGAGGGCGAUGUCAUAUUAUGCGGAGGUGCAAUUAACUCACCGCAGUUGCUGAUGCUGAGUGGUAUCGGUCCAGCGGAUCACCUUAGAGCGCACGAAAUUCCUGUCACGGAUCACCUAGAGAUAUAUGUACAACAGAAGUGUACCAAACCAAUAACCUUAUAUAACAAAAGCUCUUGGAAAUUUCCUCAUCAUAUGAUUAAAACUGGCGUGGAGUGGUUUGCACUGCGUAAAGGCCUUGGAGCUUCGAGUCAUCUUGAAACAGGUGGAUUCGCGAGGUCUAGUGAUGAAGUUGAACAUCCUGACAUACAGUUUCAUUUUUUGCCAUCCACCGUUCAUAAUGAUGGCAGGACAGUAGGGACAUGUCAUGCUUAUCAGGUGCAUGUUGGAAAUAUGAGAACAAAAUCGAAAGGUUGCAUCAAGUUAUCAUCAAAAGAUCCUCGAAGGCAUCCUAUUAUAGAUCCGAAGUACAUGGAUCAUGACGACGACUGGAAGGAAUUCAGGAAAUGUGUCCGACUUUCACGGGAGAUUUUUGCUCAGAAAGCUUUUGAGCCAUUCAGAGGUGAAGAAUUAGCACCUGGAAAAGACUGCCAGAAAUGUGUCCGACUUUCACGAGAGAUUUUUGCUCAGAAAGCUUUUGAGCCAUUUAGAGGUGAAGAAUUAGCACCUGGAAAAGACUGCCAGUCCGAUGCAGAUAUCGAUGAAUUUGUGAAGCACAAGUCUGCUUCGGCCUAUCACCCCUCAGGAACAUGUAAAAUGGGCUCUGAAAACGACAGAAUGGCCGUGGUGAAUCCAGAAACGUUGACUGUUUAUGGAACUGAAAAUCUGAAGGUAGUUGAUGCUAGCAUCAUGCCAUCAAUAGUCAGCGGGAAUUUGAAUGCGCCUGUGAUUAUGAUGGCGGAAAGAGCCGCUGAUCUUAUGCAGGGAAAACAAUUACCACCUGAAAAAGUGCCUGUUUGGACUCAUAAGUCGAAAUAA